AUGUCGGGCUAUGUUAUGACCAUAGACUCUGACGCAGAGGAAACUCCUUUGGAAACACAUUCCCUAAAGGAAAUCAAAGACGAGGCAUUGAAUCCCGACUUUACUUUUGAUUUAUCUGGAGACCCAUAUUCCGACCUACUAGAAGAGCGAAGAAAUGGGCCAGAUAUCUUGAGGGGAACUAGACCGGAACCCAUUUCUGUUGACGAUAUCAUUGCGCGUCGCAAAGUUGCAAAACGCAAACGAGAGCAUGAAAGCGAUGAGGAAGAUGAGGAAGAUUCUGCUGAGGAAGAAGACGGGGAUGGAGAAGAUUCUGAUGGCUUUGACGGUAUUCACGAAGAUGUUUCCGACGAAGAGGAUGACCCUUUGGCCACUUCCGAUGAGGGAGAAGAUGAGGAUAGCGGAGAGGAAAACGCCUUGGGACCAGAUGAAGCAGACCUUUCAGACGCCGAGUCUUCUUCUUCGGAUGAUUCUGAACCAGAAACACAAGCGGAAAAGGAACGUAAAGCAGCAUACUUUGAUUCCGAAGUCGGUCCUUCCGACGCUCACGAAUCUUUCCUCACUAUGAACAUCUCCCGGCCAAUCAUUAAGUCUCUUACCACCUUAGGCUUCCAUCAUCCUACGCCUAUACAGGCCGCCACAAUACCAGUUGCUCUUCUUGGCAAGGAUAUCGUUGGUGGUGCACAGACUGGUUCCGGUAAAACCGCCGCCUUCAUAAUACCCAUGCUAGAGCGUCUAUUGUAUCGUGAAAAAGGAAAGAAGGCAGCAGCGACGCGAUGUCUAAUCCUCGUUCCCACUCGAGAACUUGCUGUACAAUGUUACGACGUUGGGAUCAAGCUAGGAACACACACAGAUAUAACGUUCUGCGUCGUUGUCGGUGGUAUGUCCAUCAAGUCGCAGGAGGCAUCUCUCAGGAAUAGACCAGAUAUCGUCAUUGCCACACCGGGUCGUCUUAUAGACCACAUUCAUAACUCUCCGUCAUUUACUCUAGACUCCCUCGACAUCCUCGUCCUGGAUGAGGCUGAUAGAAUGCUUUCCGAUGGAUUUGCAGACGAACUGGCUGAAAUAGUAAAAGUUUGUCCCAGGUCUCGCCAGACUAUGCUGUUUUCGGCCACAAUGACUGAUUCUGUGGAUGAGCUUGUAAAAAUGUCGUUGAACAAACCUGUUCGCCUCUUUGUGGAUCCAAAGCAGAGUGUCGCUAGAAAUUUGACGCAAGAGUUUGUCCGUGUACGUGCAGCGAAGGAGUCUGAGCGCUCUGCCAUGCUAGUAACACUAUGCAAACGGACGUUCAAAAGUAAUGUUAUCGUCUUUCUUCGUAGCAAGAAACUCGCGCAUCAAAUUCGAAUAGCAUUCUCGAUACUGGGAAUGAAAUGUGAUGAACUUCAUGGUGAUCUUACACAAGAGCAGCGUCUGAAGGCUUUGCAACAAUUUCGAGAUGGUCAAGUUGACUACCUGAUGGCUACUGAUCUGGCUGCCCGUGGUCUUGAUAUAAAGGGCGUAGAAACGGUCAUCAACUACGAUAUGCCUGGUCAAGUUGAGCAGUAUUUACAUAGGGUUGGUAGAACUGCUCGAGCUGGGAACAAAGGACGGUCUGUAACCCUGGUCGGAGAGGCAGACCGGAAGAUGCUGAAGGCGGCUAUAAAGCAUGGGUCAGACAAAGACAAAAUUCGUCACCGAAUUGUACCCCAGGACGCAGUCAACAAAUGGGCCGAGAAACUCGAGAGUCUCAAGGAAGAAAUUUCAGAAAUCUUGCGCGAAGAGAAGGAAGAAAAACAGCUUCGACAAGCGGAAAUGGAGCUGAAGAAAGGUCAAAACAUCAUUGAACAUGAAGCCGAGAUUUUCUCGAGGCCCGCGCGAACGUGGUUUCAGACGGAGAAGGAGAAGAAAAACGCCGAAGCCAUCAGCAAAGCCCAAUACGAAGCAGGCCAAAAGAUAUCGUCAGGGAAAGGAAAACAAAAAGCGUCUGCUGAAGAGGCCAAACUACAGCCCAAGCGAGAUAAGUUUUCUGGUCUUUCCCGGAAAGCAAAGAGGCGGAAGAUGGCGAGGGAAGAAGACGAAGAAAUGGGAAACGAAGGCGCUAUAAAAUCGGCCAUCCGAUCUGCUAAGAAGGGCAUACGACCUUCUAAAAUUGGAGAGCCCGAACGACGUCCCGUGAAGACUUCGAAAACAAAAGAGAAGAAAAAGAUCCGAAGAAAACUAACUUUGGGUAAAGGGGGGGCUUUCGAACGAGAUCUUGGACAAAGUCGACAUGAGGGCGCACGAGCGAAAAAAGGGGAUAUCAUUGGGGCAUGGGCAAAAAGAAGGGGUCGAAACGGAAGGCCAAAUAAACAUGCUGCAUCCACAUUGCAAUCUUGUAUCUAUGUCCUAGGAGCAUUACCCUGA